AUGAAGGUAGAGAAUUAUAAUGCAGAAAUGAGAGAUAGGAGUUAAGUAAUGUUUGAAGCUAGAAGCAAUUAAAUACAUAUUAAAUACAAAUUAAUUAUAGUUAAUUUAGAAAUGCAAACUUUGCAAUCCAUAAUCUAGCAAAAAGUUUUGUAGUAAAUAAAUAAGCAAAAAACAGAACCAUUGCAAUCCUUGAAUAUAACCUAUGUAAAUUGUAUUAUAACUGUAGUAUUCAGCAAACAAGAUAAAAUUGACUUUGGACGAGGAUGUUUAAAUAAGCAAGGCCAUGCAGGUAAUUACAAAUUUAAGUAGGGUAUUCAAAGUGUUCAUCUCCAGAAAUAGUAAUCCCAAGCAUUGAUUUCUAGCAACAAAGUGGCAGUUCUUAAUGUUGAUAACAUUAAUCCUAUGGCAUAACUCAAAAAUGAAGAAAUUAAAUAGGGUCCAUAGAAAACCAGAUUUCUUAUAAGAAAUGAAUAUGACAGUAAGUUGUCCUCUGAAAAUAAAAUCACACAUUCAUCAGUUGUUCCCAAUAAAUACCAUAAAACUUAUUUAUCCCAUGUUGAAGAAUGCAUCAGGAUAAGACAAGAGAAUAAUAGGCAGAGGAAAAAAGAUUAUGAUUAGAAAGUUAGAAUAUUUAAUUUACCAAAAAUAUAGGAUUACACCAGUCUUCAAAAUAGUCAAUAAAAACAAAUAUCUGAAUAAAAUACUACAGAAAUUCGAAACUCAGAUAACAACAAAGAUAAUCUAGAUAAUAAUCUAUUGUUGGAAUUCAAUUAAUAGCUAUGGCAACAAAAAUAAGCUAUAUAUCAUAAAAAAUAACUCCUUCUUUGGAAUAAAAAAUAGAGAUAACUUGAUAUGAAUCACGAUGAUUUAUUUGACUGA